UCCUUUUCAUUCAAAUUUAAGAUGAUUAUCAUUUCGAAAAGCCUUUUACCUAUAGGGAGCUGGCUGUGGCGCUGCCCGCGACCCCUGUGCCAGAGUGGCGAGCCUGUCGAGAAUCGCGUUCUGGUCGCCUUUGACUUUGACAAGACGAUCAUUCAGCAGGACUCGUACCUGGCCGUGAGCCAACUUCUACCGGGGGAAAGGCGCAACAUGGCAUUGCUGGAAAUAUUACCGAAGUUUGGCUGGCAGAUCUUCAUUAACCGCGUGCUCCAGCUGCUGCAUGAAGACCACCAGCUGGACUCCAGGGCGACAGCAGUCGGCCAGCAAGUGCGCAGCAUUCCAGCGGUGCCAGGGAUGCUGCAUCUGAUGCGUUGCCUCGACAGAAAUCCCACCGUGGACAUGUGCAUCAUAAGCGAUGCCAACUCGUUCUUCAUCUGCGAGUGGCUGGAAUCGUACGGCAUCAGGUCCCUGUUCACCGACAUUGUCACCAAUCCUGGCUGCGUCCAGGCGGACGGUAAGCUGCUGGUGCUGCCCUACGAAGACCAGACUGGCUGUGAUCUCUGUGUCCGCAAUCUGUGUAAGGGCGGCGUGCUGCAACAGAUGCGCUGUGGCGAUCUCUAUAAGCAAGUAGUCUACGUGGGUGACAGCUGCAAUGAUCUGUGCCCCAUGAAGAGUCUCCGCGCCGGCGACGUGGCCUGCAUACGGCACGGGUUUGAGCUGCACGGCAGGAUGGCGGCACACAGCAAUUUGCUGAGUUGCUCGGUUCUGAUGUGGCGCGAUGGGCACGAGCUGGAGGAGCACUUGCUGCCCAGAAUCGCUUGAUAUGUGCAUGAUGUGUGUAGGUAGCAAGGCAGGGGAGUGGUUAAUGUUAAUUCUGCUGUUUUAUUCGACUUAAAAAUAAAUCUUUCACGUACGCAUACAAUCAUUAUUCACUUAAAAAAAACUUAAGCAUUAGAUUUCAUGGAAAAGUAGAAUUUUACCGAAUGCUCAACUGCACUCUGCAUCCGCUUCUGGUUAAGUAGAUUUGAUGCUUACUACUAACUAGUUAUUUAUUUAUUUAUCGAUCGCUAUUGCUAUUGCUGCUGCGGCGGUACCAGAUAUUAGAUAUGGAAUCUAAAAUUAUUUCACACAUAGUUUACCUUUUCAAUCUGCUCUGUUAUGCUCUGUUCUGCUCUGCUCUGAACGGUUCUGAACUGCUCUGAUCUCUGCCCUCUUUCUAGUCGAUUUGUUGCCGUACGUACUUGUUCUGUGCUCAUGUGCUUACUCUUACUAUUUAAAGUUAUAAAUAUAUCUGCAUGUAUUUGUUUGCAUCUGGGUGUGUGUACGCUUGUGGUAGCAUAAAUUACAUGUAUAAUACAUUCUUCUUAGCCAUUUAAAUUACAGAAUACAGAAUAACUGCUCAACCUGCUCGGUCUGAGGUCUGAGCCUCGAACGAAACUCAAUCAUGGCUUACAGACUACCGGAACAAAGGGGAAACUCGGUAAAAAACUAAAAACUGAUAACUGAAAAUUACCCAGUAGUCCAGCACAAGAGGCUACCGGGCGUAUGCGCUUAACUACUUACAUUGCUACAAUCCUUAUCUCCUUAUAGAUACAUACACAUACAGUUUGAAAAAUUCGGCGCAUAAGAUAUUACAAAAUCAAAGAGUGUUCCGUACACAUAUAUGUAAAUCUAUAAAGUACAGCAAUGGUGGCUGGGGCUGGGGCAGGGGGAAGGGGGAGUAGGGCUGAGACACAUUACGAUAACUUAAAUACAAACAUUAAACACACUAUGUAUUUCGAUAAAAAAAAAAAA